AUGGGGAACUAUAGACAAAAGUUAAGGGAUGCAGGUUGUCAAGAACUGAAAGUGAAUUCAGAGAAGAGAGGUCCUGGCGCGGCCAGAGGAAAGCGAAACCAAGUGAAGAAGCCUAGACGGUCUGAAACAAACUUUCUUCCAGAUCUCCCACAGGGAAAAGACCGGAAAAGUCUGGAAGAGGAACGAGAGCAAAUCGUUCAAGAAAUGAAGAAAAGGAACCCUGACUUUGCUUUUGUAGAUGCAAGAAUGAGCAGCACAUAUUCUUUGAGAAGACAGGAAAUUGUUGAAGAUGAGCCUCCAGUGUCGGAAGUGAAAGUCAGAUGGCCGGCACUUUUCACUGAGAGACAGAUCAGCAUGGAAUUCACCAGGCUUGUGUCGAUGGACCUUAGCAAGUCCUUUUAUGGGGGUCUUGACUCCCAUCUCCUGAAGCUUCUUCAGUUGUACCGGUCAAAACGUUUUGAAGGGAUGACAGAAAUGACUGCCAUACUGGAGAGCCUUGACAAGGAUGCAUCAAACCAAAGGAAGAGGGCAGCGGUGCUGCAGGCUCUGCCUUGGUACAUGAGAGAGAAUCCUGCUAAAUUCAUGAAGAUAUGUGAGCCCACUAAUUGUGAGGAGGAUGUCAUCAAAAGAAUGACUAUUGGAAUCCUUGCCAUUGUAGAGGAUGUGAAGGAGCCACUCCCAGUGAUCUACAGUGAUGUGGCCCUGGUGAUCGAAGAGCAAGUUGUCCUUCGUAAUCUUGGUGAUGUACCAAAUGCUUUUAUGAACUUGAUGGGGCUGCUCUAUGUUUUGAACAUGAACUACCCCAAAGAACUCAAAUAUACCUUUGAGUGCAACUUCCUGUUCAGACUGAGGCCUUUUGAAAAAACGCCUUUAUUUUUAAAAGGUACGGAACCGCGUCGCCCCGGCGUGCGCAUGCUCCGAUUCGCACGGCUCAAAACCACCAAGGCUUCGCCCUCCUGCCGCCUUUCCGACGCGUUUCCCGGUAAUUUCCCCGCCGCUGCGGAAACCACGUCUUUCGCGAUAUUUUUAGCAGCGGUCUUGAGGUGCGGUCUGACCAAGUUGAAGCCCGAUUUUAGCAGAGGCACCGCCAGUCUAAACAAACCCCGAAAAACUUUGCCGAUCCCUCUUCCGUACUGCACGGGCGCUCCGCUGAAACCUUCUAAACCGGACCCCGCCUGUCGCGUAUAA